CUGCAGGUGGCAGGCUGGGUACGGACCAUGGCCUCGCACCAGCUGUUGGUGGCUCCCCCGGAGGCCCUGCACGGGCCCCUGUCGGUGCGCAGCUGGCUCCUGCUGGGGCCUGGCCCCUCCAACGUGGCCCCGCGAGUGCUGGAGGCUGGGCGGCUGCAGAUGAUCAGCCACCUGCACAAGGAGAUGUAUCAGAUAAUGGACGAGAUCAAGCAAGGCAUCCAGUAUAUGUUCCAGACCAGGAACAGCCUCACACUGGCGGUCAGCGGCUCGGGGCACGCCGCCCUGGAGGCUGCCCUGUUCAAUCUCCUGGAGCCCGGGGACGCCUACCUGGUCGGGGUCAACGGCAUCUGGGGGCAGCGAGCGGCCGAGAUCGGGGAGCGAAUCGGCGCCCGUGUGCACCAGAUGAUCAAGGAUCCCGGAGGCUGCUUCACACUGCAGGAGGUGGAGGAGGGCUUGGCCCAGCACAGGCCGGUGCUGCUGUUCCUGACUCAGGGGGAGUCAUCCAGCGGCGUGCUGCAGCCCCUCGAUGGCUACGGGGAGCUCUGCCACAGGUACCAGUGCCUGCUCCUGGUGGACUCGGUGGCGUCCCUGGGUGGGGUCCCCAUCCACAUGGACCGGCAAGGCAUCGACGUCUUGUACUCGGGCUCCCAGAAGGUCCUGAACGCCCCUCCAGGCACCUCGCUCAUCUCCUUCAGUGACAAGGCCAAAAGUAAGAUCUACGCACGGAAGACGAGGCCAUUCUCCUUCUACUUGGACGUCAAGUGGCUGGCCAACAUCUGGGGCUGCGAUGGCGCGCCCAGGACGUACCACCACACCCCUCCUGUCGUCAGCCUGUACUGCCUGCGAGAGGCCUUGGCCCUGAUGGUAGAGGAGGGCCUGGAGAGCAGCUGGAAGCGGCACCGGGAGACCGCCCUGUACCUGCAGGGGCGUCUGCAGGCGCUAGGGCUGCAGCUCUUCGUGAAGGACCCUGAGCUCCGGCUGCCCACCAUCACCACGGUGGCUGUGCCCGCCGGCUACGACUGGAGAGACAUCGUCAGCUACGUGAUGGACCACUUCGCCAUCGAGAUCACCGGCGGCCUCGGGCCCUCCACGGGGAAGGUGCUGCGGAUUGGCCUUCUGGGCUGCAACGCCACCAGGGAGAACGUGGACCGAGUGAUCCACGCGCUGCAGGAGGCCCUGCAGCACUGCCCCAAGGGCAAGCUGUGA